AUGAUGCAAGAAAAAUAUAUUCUACGAGUUACGGCGGGACCGAGUUAUGACGAAAGCACUCACAUUCAAGUCCCGGUGAAUGAACCUGCACCUCUACACAUCAAGAGCAAUGUGGCCGACAUCGAGCUCAAUGUGCGGAUAAAGGGCUACAAUGGACUGCCCUAUGGCUCGCCGUCGACCUCUUCUUACUUUUCCACAGAGCCUCAUGCCAGCAACCAGGACCAGUACAGCAUAUCAUUCCGCUUCACGCCACUGAACCCAUCCAAGUCAGACAGUGGCAAAGAAUCCGGGGACGAGGAUGCCGCGGGAAUCAGAGCAGCAGAUUUGCAGUUUGGAAAUGAUUUUGACCGUCCUAUCCGAGACAAGCUGCCGCCCGGGUUCAACACCGCAAUGAACAUUGUCAAAUGGUGGAUCGACCCUGGCCUGGACGGAGAUGCCUACGCAGACAAGCCCUAUCUCUAUGGCCCUGCCCUAAGCUCAUUCAAUGUCGUGUCCAUCGGCCCUGGGACAUACGACGAAGCAAGAGGCGGCCUGUGGUUUGAAGAGGGAGGAGACAAGAGGGGGAUGAAGCUGCGCGAGGCAAAGGGCGUGCCCAAGGAGAGCAAGCCGAGGAUGAAGUGGGCGCUGUCGGACUCGAAUAAGGAGAAGUGGCUUUGGGAGUAUGGGCAGACAUAUGGGAUUGACUUUUUCAACCCGUAUCUUGACUUUGCGAAUCUGGCGUUGCGGCUGCCGGGCUUUCAGCUGUCGGUUGCGAGAUAUUUGGGUGCAGAUGCUUUGAGGAAUGAUGGAAGGAUAGCACAUCAGCUUAGAUAUGUCCUUCGGAACAAGGCCACCGGUGAUAUAUAUCUGGUGGUCACUUUCUCCUUGUUCCUUGAAGAAAGCGUCAAUGAGGACGGGACGAUUAAAGGCGCGAAUGGGGCAAAUUGUAUCAUCAAUAGUCACACAAACGGUCACUCAAACGGCUCGACUUCAAACAACGGCUCCGAAAACGGAUCUUACAGUGGAAGCACCAGCACGCAUGAAGAUGAUGUGGAUUAG